AUGUCUGUUGAAGAAGCUACUAAGAAAGUGGAAGCUUUAUCUGUGGAAGAAAAGCCAAUCCUUGGGCCAGAUGGCCAACCUUUAUCCAAGAAAGCCCUCAAGAAAUUGGAAAAGGAAAAGGAAAAGGAAAGAAAGAAGGCUGAAAGGGAAGCUCAAAUGGCCAAAGAAAAGGCUGAAAGAGAAGCCGCGGAAGCUGCCAAUGAUGUUUCUAAGGGUCUUUAUGGUAAAAAAUUGAUCCAAUCUACUGAACAUUUGACCCAACCAAGAAUCAAGUUUGCCGCAUUGGAUGAAUCUAGUGUUGAUAAGCAAGUGGAAUUCAGAGCCAGAUUCCACAGUACCAGAACUCAAUCUGCCAACUUGAUGUUUGUGGUUUUCAGACAACAAACUGAAACUAUCCAAGCUAUUUUGAAGAAAGGUGACAUGGUUUCAAAGAGUUUCUUGAAAUUCGUUGGUUCCAUCAACUUGGAAUCUAUUGUUGUCGUUAGAGGUACUGUUAGAAAGCCAAGUGAAUUGAUUAAGUCUUGUACCGUUCAACAAUAUGAAAUUGAAAUCAGUGAAUUAUACGUCACCUCAUCUACCCCAUCUCAAUUACCAAUCUUGAUUGAAGAUGCCGCCAGAACUGAAGAAGAAGCUGAAAGAUUAGGUUUGCCAGUCGUUAACUUGAACACUAGAUUAGACAACAGAGUCAUUGAUUUGAGAACCAUCACUAACCAAGCCAUCUUUGAAGUCGAAGCUGGUGUCUGUCAAUUAUUCAGAGAAUUCUUGUCCUCUAGGCAAUUUAGAGAAAUCCACACCCCAAAAUUAUUGGGUUCUGCCUCAGAAGGUGGUUCUAACGUCUUUGAAGUUACUUACUUCAACAGAAAGGCCUACUUGGCUCAAUCACCUCAAUUAUACAAGCAACAAUGUAUUGCUGCUGACUUUGAAAGAGUCUUUGAAGUUGGUCCAGUUUUCAGAGCCGAAGACUCUAACACUCACAGACAUUUGACCGAAUUUACCGGUUUAGAUUUAGAAAUGGCUUUUGAAAGCCACUACCACGAAGUCGUCGAAUUGUUGUCUGACUUGUUCAUUUACAUGUUUAAACAAUUGAAUAUCAGAUACAAGAAGCAAAUCGAACUUGUGAGAAAGCAAUUCCCUUGUGAAGAGUUCAAGAUUCCUGACAAGAUGGUCAGAUUGGAAUUCAAGGAAGGUAUUGAGUUGUUGAGAACUGUUGGUGGUAGAACUGAAUUGUCUGAGUACGACGAUUUGUCUACUCCUGAUGAAAAAUUGUUGGGUAAGAUUGUUUUGGAAAAAUACAACACCGAUUUCUACAUUUUGGACAAAUUCCCAAGCGAAAUUAGACCAUUCUACACUAUGGUUGACCCAACCAACCCUAAGGUUUCUAACUCCUACGAUUUCUUCAUGAGAGGUGAAGAAAUCUUGUCUGGUGCCCAGAGAGUCCACGACCCGGAAAUGUUGAAGUCUAGAAUGAGAGAAUUCGAAGUUGAUCCAGAAGGACCAGGUUUGAAGGACUAUGUCGACGCUUUCACAUAUGGUUGUCCUCCACACGCUGGUGGUGGUAUUGGUAUGGAAAGAGUGGUUAUGUUCUUCUUGGGCUUGAAGAAUAUUAGAAGAGCCAGCUUGUUCCCAAGAGAUCCAAAGAGAGUUCGUCCAUGA